GUGUUCGUGGUAUAAUAACGAUCAACGCCGAAGCAGAUUCCGAGCCAGGGUCAAACGCAUCGACCUGCAUGAGGAAUCAGUGAUCACCGUAUUAUAUGAUCCAAGAUGUCUAGCGACGAGCCAGUCCCCAAACACGAACGCAAGUGGUGGAAAGAAGCAGUCUUUUAUCAGAUCUAUCCGGCAUCUUUCCGAGAGACUCCUCCGAAAGGGGUAUCUCCCGAUUCUUACGCUUACCAGGGCAUCGGGAACUUUGAGGGCAUCAUCUCGUCCCUUGAUUAUCUUCAACAUGAUCUCGGCGUCGAUGCGAUCUGGGUAUCUCCUCACUAUGAGAGCCCGGAGAGAGAUAUGGGAUACGACAUCUCCAAUUACCAGAACGUCAACUCCAAAUACGGCACGUUGGAGGACUGCGACCGGUUGAUCAAAGAGACACAUGCGAGGGGGAUGAAGAUCGUCUUUGACCUCGUUAUCAACCACUGUUCCACCGACCACGCAUGGUUCCAAGAAGCUCGAUCGUCUGUAAACAAUCCGAAACGAGACUAUUUCAUCUGGAGACCUCCUAAAGGCUUUGACGAACAAGGACGGCCGAUCCCGCCGAAUAACUGGGCCGCAGCGUUCGGAGGAAGCGUAUGGGAAUGGGACGAGGGUACGCAAGAGUAUUACCUUCAUCUGUUUGACAAGACACAGGCGGACUUCAACUGGGAAAACAAGGAAUGUCGGCAGGCGAUCUACGACGAAGCGAUUCGGUUCUGGCUCGACCGGGGUAUCGACGGGUUCAGGAUCGAUACCGUCGUGUUGUACUCGAAACAUCUCGACUUUCCUGACGCACCCGUGACCAACCCAUCGGUAGAAUGGCAGCGACCGGACGACCUGGUAGGCUUCGGACCCAGGUUGCUAGAGUUUGUCUCGGAGAUGGUUAGCGAGAGUAUGAGCGGGUAUGGGGAUAUCGUCACCAUCGGAGAAGCGGCCGUACCAGGAGGAGGAGAACGGUUGAGGUCUUUGGUUUCGGCGCGAGAGAACCGUUUGUCUAUGCUAUUCCUAUUCGACAUCGCCCUCCUUGACGCCGGUCGGGACCACGCACAUUUCGCAAGACCGUGGUCGCUGCCCGAAUGGAAACAGCACGUCGUAGAGUAUCAGCGAGUCAUGGAUGGAGGGGAUUGUUGGAAUACCAAUUAUCUCGAGAAUCACGAUCGCGGACGGAGUGUCACCCGAUACGCUUCGGAUGCCCCGGAACAUCGAGUCGCAUCCGGCAAACUGUUGGCUCUCUACCUCUUGACACAGUCGGGCACGCCAUUCAUCUACCAAGGCGAGGAGCUCGGGAUCAUCAAUGCGCCCUUGACUUAUCCGAUCGAAGACUAUAUGGACACGGAGAGCAUCAACUGGUGGGCUUGGAUCAAUCAGACGUACAAGGACGAUCCAGCCACAAUACAAAGAGCUCGAGAGGGCCUGCAGCUGAACGCUCGGGAUCACGCUCGGAUGCCCAUGCAGUGGACGGGUGGAGCUAAUGGUGGAUUCACGGGUGCGAAAGCUUCGCCUUGGCAAAAGAUGAACCCGUGUUACACAUCGAUUAACGUCGAGACUCAGUUGAACGACCCGGCGAGCGUACUCUCCUUCUAUAAACAACUCGUCGCUAUUCGCAAGCGACAUCCCGAUUUGUUCUCCUAUGGCAGGUUCACCAUGCUCGAUGAGCACGACGACGAAACUAUGAUCUGGAUCAAGGACACAGAAGAGGAGACAGGCGAGCAGGCACUAGUCGUACUCAACUUUACACCACGGCGUCUGGAAUUCAAAAUGCCACGAGCAAGGAUGAAGGGCAAUCCAGAGUUGACGAUGUCGACUCAUGAGGGGUCCGAUGAGGAUGUACUAGAGCCGUUUGAGGGCCGAUUGUACUUUUGCAAUGCGUGACCAUCGAUGGAUCAUUGACGUCUGCCG